UAUCUUGUUUGCCAUGUUCCUCAUAACAUAUUUUAAGUCAUGAUAUUUAGUCAUGUUUGCUCUUUUUUUGUGUGUGUCAACAGCAGCUACCUAUACCCCAAAGGCUCUUUUAAGAGCCCUUUCACAGAGCAUCUUUGGCUUUUUCAGCUAAAUAAACUGUUUUAAGUGCCCCUUACAGAACAUCAUUGGCAUUAAGACGCCAACGUUUUCCCACUGAAGACGACAAAGGGCCUAGGCCUUGUUUUAGAAUAAUGGAUUCAAAAUCUAAAAGGCAGCGAUACACAAGGCAGUGGAAAUAUGCACGAAGAUCAUUGGAUGAAAGUCCUGUGGAGGAGGAACGAUUAGAUCAUCUAUUAGCACCUCAAGAAGGAUAUGCUGAAAGAAUGGACAUUGAUGAUGACUUCUCUAGUUCUGUUGGUACUGUUGAUGUUGGUUUCAGUGGGGAGAGUUGCAGUUCUGGACAUGAGAGUGUGAACAAUGCGCUUAGUGAGGAAAGCUGCACUGCAGGAACUGAGAGUGAAAAUGAAACAGCCUCAACUUCACUCCCAACAUUUCUGUAAGAAUGGGCAAUAAAGCACAACAUCACGCAUAAUGCUUUAGAUGAUCUCCUGAGAGGACUUAAAAGAAAAGGACACCCAGAGCUCCCAUCCACAGCAAGGACAUUGCUGAAAACUCCAAGGACUGUUAUAUCAGCACAAAAGUCAGGAAUGGAGUGUGUUCAUUUUAAUUUAAGAGAGAGCCUUAGUGAGCAAUUAAAACGUUAUCCGACAGAGAUGAUUGAAAGAGUGAGUACACUGGAGCUAUCAUUUAAUAUUGAUGGCCUACCUAUUUUUAAAAGCAGCAGGUCACAUCUUUGGCCCAUCCUCUGUGCUUUUCACCUAAACCCCAUCAGUGUUUUUCCUGUCACACUGACACUUGGACCCACCAAACUAAAAGAUCUGGAUUUUGCUGAGGAAGCCAUAAAUGACAUCCAAGAGCUCCUCGACAAUGGUCUGGAUGGAAAAAAGAUUAGGAUCAGAUGCUUUGUGUGUGAUGCACCAGCAAGAGCAAUGGUGAAGAAGAUUAAGCAGUAUUCCGGGUAUUUUGGUUGUGACAAAUGCACUCAGAAAGGCACAUGGGUCUCUGGGCAAGUAACUUACCCAGAGGUAGACAAUUUCACUCUGCGCACCAAUGAAGCAUUUCGUGCUGAAAUGACCAUACGUCAGGAGAAUGAGACUGCACCAGUGUCUCCCUUUUUGAGGCUCCCAUUGGAUAUGAUACAGCAAUUUCCAAUUGACUACAUGCACCAAGCCUGCCUGGGUGUUAUGAAGAAGCUAAUCACAGAGUGGGUUAGAGGAGACAGAAAAGUAAGACUGUCUGCGGGGCAAAUAAAUGAGGUGACGCAAAGGCUGCUGUCACUCAGAAAUGCCAUUCCAAACUGUUUUGCCCGAAAACCUCGGAAUCUAGAGGACAUUGAUAGGUGGAAGGCAACAGAACUGCGCCAGUUUGCUGUUUAUACAGGCAAGAUUGUGCUGAAGUGCAUUUUGAGUGACCAACUUUAUGACCAUUUCAUGGCAUUUAGUGUUGCCUUGAGUCUUCUGCUUUGUCCAACAUUGGCAAGGGAACACAACAGAUACAGCAAAGAGCUAAUGCAAUAUUUCAUUGAGAAAACAAAAGAAUUGUAUGGAGACCACUUUCUGGUGUACAAUAUUCAUUCAAUGGUACAUCUAUCAGAAGAGGCAAUGGCUUUUGGCAGCCUUGAUGCAUGCAGUGCAUUCAUAUUCGAUAAUUAUCUCGCUAAGCUAAAACGGCUUGUAAGGUCUGGAAGGAAGCCACUUGUUCAAUUGGUCAAACGUCUCACAGAGAUGUCCACUUCUCCUCUCUCUGUGGUGGCCUCCAAGUCGAAAACCAAAAGGCCCAACAAUGCAUUUACUCUUGCUGAAGGAAAGUGCUGA